CAGCAGACAGGUUCAUGUCUCUUUUCAUACAUGACAGAUAACUUAAUCGCUACAAGAUUUUCCAGACUUGUAGUACCUUUAAAGAAGAAUUUGACAAUUUUAUGUUAGAUAUUAAUCAAAUCGAAUUUUGGAUAUGCUGUGAUGAACUUAUGCGUACUGGCCUUAUUUUUUAUUUCGUGUUAUUAAAAAGCUACUGAAGAUAAUCGCGAAUCCAGCCAGAAGAUCUUUUACGGUUCCAGAUGGCAAAUCAUACAAAUGAAACUAUACAUCACCACUACCAUACGAUGGAACACGAUUCAGCAAUUAUUAUGUUUAUUUUCGGAAGCUGCGCCGUCGGUGCAUUGAUACGGCGCAUCAUACAGGGAUUGAAUCUUCGACUGCCCUAUACAGUUGUCCUGCUUGUACUUGGAGUGUUGUUUGGUCUUCUGUCUUCCCGCUACCCGAGUGUGCACGUGUAUGCACGGGUUGUUGAGACGGACCCACACCUUAUUCUCAGUAUAUUUUUACCAGUGCUGAUUUUUGAGUCAGCUUUUGCUAUGGAGGUCCAUACUUUUAUCAAGGCGUUCGUCCAAGUUGUGCUUCUUGCUAUACCGGGAUUAGCACUAGCCUCGUUCCUGAUAGCGAUCUUGGCUCGGUACAUGUUUACGUACGAGUGGGACUGGAACCAGGGCAUGAUGUUUGGUGCAAUCCUCAGUGCUACGGAUCCUGUAGCAGUUGUGGCUCUUCUCAGAGAUGUUGGGGCUUCCAAACAGCUGGCUAUGGUUAUAGAAGGUGAAGCGCUUCUAAAUGAUGGAGCUGCUAUUGUAUUCUUCAAUGUCUUCCUCAGACUGGUGACCAGCGAGCAAGAGACCACCGGAGGAGACAUCGUUGUAUACUUCAUACAAGUGGCAAUUGGCGGACCAUUUGUGGGUUUCAUAAUGGCGAAGAUCACUUUGUUCUGCCUAUCGAGGAUUUUUAACGACGCCAUAGCAGAGAUAACCAUUACUCUAGCUUCCACAUACAUCACUUACUACGUUGUUGAAGUAUUUUGCAACAUGUCUGGUGUCCUAGCAGUAGUAGUUUUAGGUCUAGCAAUGAAUUCGGAACGCACCAUGAUAAGUCCUGAGGUGGAGACGUUCCUCCAUCGAUUCUGGGAGACAUUGGCUUACCUCGCAAAUACUUUGAUCUUUAUAAUAGUUGGCAUCGUCAUUUCUGAGAAGGCCAUCUUCGAAAUUCAUGGCAUCGACUGGUUCUACAUGUUUUCCUUGUACUUCGGAUGCUUUGUUAUAAGAGGUUUUGUUAUAGCACUGUUCAGUCCAGUGUUGAAACAUACUGGUUAUGGAUUGACGUGGAGAGAGGGUACUGUUAUGACAUGGGGAGGUCUGAGAGGGGCAGUUGGUUUGGCUCUUGCUUUACAAGUGGCUCAUCAUGAUAGAAUAGACCAGGAGACUAUUGGAAAUAGGGUACUUAUCCAUGUGUCCGGUGUCGUGUUCCUAACACUUCUAGUGAAUGCUACAACCAUAUAUGGACUGCUGGAAGUUCUAGGUAUGAGUGAUCUUUCACCAGCCAAACGCAUGGCAAUGGCAAAUGCCCUUCGCCAUCUUCAAGACCUCAGGGAGAAAACAUUAAACAUGUUAAAAACAGAUAGGUUUUUGGCCGAUGCUGAAUGGGAAGCUGUCGAAAAACAAACAGAGGUAGUUGAUCCAUACAAGACAAGCGACGAGGAGUUAGAGGCAGAAAUGGCUCAAGUGGAAGACUCUCUUGAUAUCAAACAGAACACGUGCUGCUCGGAAUGCGACGCCCAGUUGCCGCCCCAGUAUUCCAGGAAAGAGCUCAGAGAUAUAACGAAUGAAGCAAUCUUGAGAAUGUUAAAAGCUGAAAAAAUGAGCUACUGGCGGCAGUUCGAACACGGAAUGUUGUCACGCGAAGCCACGAGAAAACUUCAAGAAUGUACUGAGGUCGCUGCUGACCAUAAAGGAAAAUUCAUUGACAUUGAAGAUGUAAAGAAAAGUUGGGAAAUGCCAUCUGUAUACCCGAAAUUGAAAAGGAUGAUCAAGAGAAGUAUUGCUAAAACUGUAGUGGAUAUAGACAAAGACUCCAAACUGUGGCCACUAUUCCGAAUGGAAAGACACAAAGCAUUCUAUAUCGUUGUCUACAGUGUCAUCAUCUUGGAUAUGAUCAACGCCGCGUUUGCCAUCACCAGCGAGUACCAUGAACACUUCUUUGCACAGAAAAAUGUCUUCCGGAGCAUCAAUCUCGUAUUUGUUAUUCUGUAUAUUGUGGAAUUUCUACUUAAGGUGGUUGUACAAAAGAAGGCCUACCUGACGAAUACUUGGCACAUCCUGUGUAUCCUAAUAAUUGUGAUAGGUGUGGCAGACGUCAUUCAGAGUUUUAUUCUUCCAGCAAUAUACGGGGAGUUGCACGGCUCCGUUCAUGUUGUGUCACUUGUCUUUAUUAUCCUUAGAACCAUCAGAGCAGUAAGACUUCUAGAGCCAACGAUGCCGUACUUCCUGACCUUUGUGAAGACUCGAAUGAGCCAGCACCUUAGUUACGGAUUCGAUGUUGGACGCGGGUUCGUUGCUGGGGAAGAAGAAGUCCGCAAGCUUGUUGAUCACAUGUCUGAUCAUAAAGAUAUAGCAAAAUCUCUAAAACAGAUGAGUGAUAACAGCAGACUGGAUGUGAUUCGAUGUUUAGGUAUGUUAUCAAAGCAACAUCCAGACAUUGCGUUGUCAAUCAAGACCCGCCAGGCAAUCCGCAGUGUGCUCAAUCAACUACGUGAUGGUAUACAUGAAUUGUUAACUGAUGGAAUACUAGAAGAGGCUGAAGGAAACAAGUUGGAAAAGAAAGUAGAAGAGCGGAUGAAGCGGUUACAAUCAGCGCCUCCGAGUCUGCCAAUACCUCCUCCAGACAAAAUGCUGAAAAAUGUGUCUUGGUUGAGGAAUGACGAGGAACUCAUGAAGUAUAUCAAGGAAAAGGCAAAAUUACUCAAUUUUGACUAUGAUGAUGUUGUUAUGCGAGAAGGGGACCCGGCUGGUGGAAUCUAUGUGAUAAUAUCAGGAAUGGUCAGGUUGGAAUCUUCGAAUCCGUCCGGCAAACCAAUUAUCUCUUUACAAGAGAAGCCAUCAGGAUCAACUAUUCAAAUAAAAACGUAUGUGUUAGACUUUAUGACGUCUGGAAACAUUAUAGGAGAGAUGGGACUGUUAACGCACAAACAUAGAUCCGCUACAGUCAUCUGUGAAACAUCGGUACAGUUGAUGUACAUAAGCCUGGAGGACAUGGAAUAUGCGAUGCAGAAGUUCACCAAGGGCGAUGAACCCCUAGAAUACCGACUAUGGCAUGUGUGUGCUAACCGUAUCGCCGCAAACAUACUGAUGAAACAGGCAGCAUUCCAGGGAUGGACGAAGGAGAAGAUCAAGCUUCGGCUGGAGAAUAGUUACCUUGCCAGUACUUCCAACAAGCAGUUCCUUGUAGACUCCUCCAUGUCUGAUGUAGUUCUGAUUAGCGGUUCAGCGAGAAAUCCAUUCUGCGAUGAAGUAUUUGACGGACCGUGCUAUAUUCCAUGGACAGUUUUUAAACUGGAACUACUGUCAGAUGAAGAGAUAACUCCAGUGGUCAUUCUUGUGGUGCCGACAGAAGUAGGUCAACCGAUACAUGGCCAUGGCAAGAAGGCGGAACAACAGCGCGGACACGGCGCAUUCAUAAAUUCCUUGAGUCAGUUGUGCCUCCGCCAUGCUUCCAAGCACAGGAUGAACGUGGAGUCGAAAUGGAGGAAAGUACAAAAUGCGAAAAGCCUUGGGACAUUAUUUAAACAGAACAAGAUGGCUGCGAACGGUAGUGACAUCUCUCAUGUUAGAUUUGGGAAUGGAGCCCCAAGUCAUGGUUACCCACUCCAGCAAAGGUCAUCAGCCCCCAUUUCUCUGGUCGGUUCGUCUAACAGAGGUUACGUUACGGAAAGAUCUCCCGAAGCUUCCGCAUCGUCGUCAGGUGACUCCCAUUCGACCGCAGAAGAAGGUAAAGUGGAUAUCAAACUUCAUUCUCCAGUAAAAGAACUUUCCGCUUCACCGUCUCUUCAAAGGAGAUUAUCAUCAGGUUGGUCUCGUCUGAAACGCCGAUUGAGUUCCGAUCAUACACAUACCGGGAGUCAUACUGAUUCGUCUGCGUUUUCUUUUGAGUCGACGGAAAUACUUCCGGAUGAUUUGGACUACAUCGAGGGCGGAGAUAUCGUUCAGGAGCAUGCACCACACGCUAGUAGCAGCACAUCACAGUCUACCCAGGAUUUGAAUGCGCCGUCUAAACAUUCCUUAUUUCCGGUUGAAGAAGAAAAUUCUAAUGAAAACAGCGCGACUGAUGGAGGUCCCAAUGCAAAAGUACCAUUGAAGAGAAUGAAUGCUGUACAAAACACGAAAGGUGCGGAGAGUGAUGUUGAUACUGUAUUGCCGCCUGUGUCAGGCAGCGAUACUCAUUUUUGAAUAAGGGCGUUAAGCAGUUAUGUCUUAGUACGUUAUAUUUUAUUAACAGUUGUUUCCCUUCUGCUGAAUUAAAACUUCACAUAUCUACGCGCACUAAUUAUAAGUACUUACACUACAACAUUAUUAAGUAUCAUUAGUGAGGAAACACUGUAAUAAAUGUGUGUUUGAAGAGCGGGUGUUUGCCAUUGAUAUACAUUCGACUACUCCUGAAAAAAUGUUAAGUUAUAUUAUCAUGUUGCUUGCAAUAAUUAGCUAUAUAUUUUAAAAAUUGAUAGGUUUUUGAGAGAACAGUCUCCAUUUCCAGAAAUAUAAUUCCUUGUAUCGUUGUGUCUGGUUAAAGCCACCAUAAACGGAAUUUGUUUUUAAACAUGAAAGAAUAUUAUUUAAAUCGGAGAAUAAAACCCACUGAUUUCUGAUGUCGGUGUCUUAUAUCCUGUCCACAUAUUAGUAAAUCAUAGUUGAAAAGAGGUUCAUUUGAUUUAUCAAACAAUCGUAUAGACAAAGCAAGAUUUGUUACCAUAUUUUAUUGGGUUAGUAUAGAUGUAUGUAAUUAUUUUAUUUUAAUAAUAUUAUAGCUUUUUCAGAUCCACAAUGUACAUUGUGCACAUGUAUUUAUGACUGAUAACUCAUUAAACGGACGAAAACGUCAUUAAAUGCAACUGACUUCUUUGCAUACGUGUUUUGAUUGUAAAAUUACUUUCUUUCUUCAAUUAUCUUUGGAAAUUCGGCCUUUUCUCUGAAAUAUAAACUGAAUAAAACUUACAAAUUUAAUGUAGCGUUCCGGUGGAAAAUGAUAGCAACGCAAUUAAGAAGUGACUUCAGAAAAUCUGCAAAACAUUGGUAGCAACUCCCAAAUUCGUUGCUACCGUUAUGCGGCGUACCAGUCUGUUUUUACGGGUGAUCAAAGUACGUUUCAAUAUACCGAAGAUUAGGAACAAAACAAUAUUUGACAAAUUAGUUAAAUAUAUCACUUAAAGUUAUUUAACAGAAUACUUUUGAAAAAAAACACAA